AUGGCACCCUUAUUACAUGGCGAUGAUGACUGGCAUGACGAUCAAUCAUACAAUCAUGCAGAUAAUCAACCAUCUUCAAAUGGACCGACACUUUCUCUAGAUGAAGACAAACUCGAGCCAAUUGCAAUCAUAGGCCACUGCUUUCGAUUUCCAGGAGAUGCAGUUAACGAUGAAGGAUUCUGGAAGAUGAUGAUGGAGAAGAGAUGUGCCAUGACUGAGGCGCCGGCGGAUCGUAUGAGUGUAUCUGGUUGGCAUCAUCCAGAUAAGAGACGAAGAGGACAGUACACACCCAAGGGAGGUCAUUUUCUAAAAGAAGACGUUUCCCUAUUCGACGCCGGAUUCUUCUCCUUAUCUGCCGAUGAAGCGGCGGCUUUAGACCCUCAGCAGCGGCAACUACUAGAGGUCACAUAUGGCGCAUUGGAAAACGCCGGUAUACCAAUGGAAAAAGCAAUUGGCUCCGAGACCUCCGUCCACGUAGGCUGUUUUGGCAGUGACUACCGGCUGAUGGCCUGCAAGGAUGUCGAAAUGACUGCCGAUUACGAUGUGGUGGGAGUGAACAUGUGUAUGAAUGCCAAUCGGAUCAGCUGGUUCUUUGAUUUCCACGGCACGAGUAUGAAUAUCGAUACAGCUUGUUCGAGCAGUCUCGUGGCAAUGGAUCUAGCUUGUCAAUGCCUGCAGCGGGGAGAGGUCGAGAUGGGCAUCGUCGCAGGCACAAACCUAAUUUUAUCCCCCGACAUGAUGCAAGUAUUUUCCAAUGUCAACAUGCUCUCCCCAGAUUCGAAAAGCUACAGUUUCGACCACCGCGCAAAUGGCUACGGACGUGGCGAGGGGACAGGCACUAUCGUUAUAAAACGUCUCACCGACGCCAUUCAAGACGGAGACACAAUCCGUGCUGUGAUCCGGGCAACAGGAUCCAACCAGGAUGGUCUCACGCCGUCGGGAAUCAUGCAGCCUAGUGGUUUAGCACAGGCUAAUCUCAUCAAGAGUACAUAUAAAAGAGCUGGGUUGAGUAUGGAGCCUACGCGCUUCUUCGAGGCACACGGAACUGGAACACCAGUGGGAGAUCCGAUUGAGUGCAAUGCGAUAGGAGAGGCAUUUGGAAGGGCGAGAAGUACGAAUGACCCUUUGAUUGUAGGCGCAGUCAAGUCGAAUAUCGGACAUCUCGAAGGUGCCAGUGGCAUUGCAGCUGUCAUCAAGGCCAUCCUGGUCCUGGAGAGUGGGAUAAUCCCACCGAAUGCCAACUUUGAAAAGUUGAAUCCGAAGAUCGACCUGGAGUUUCUGAAAAUGAAGCUCCCUCUCGAAGCGAUGCAAUGGCCGACAAGAGGGUUGAGGCGAGCAUCGAUCAACUCCUUUGGCUUUGGCGGGUCCAAUGCCCAUGUCGUACUGGAUGAUGCAUUCCAUUUUCUGCGAGACCAUGGACUUGUCGGAAAUCAUGUCACCGUCGAGUCUCCGGCGAUAGCAAAAACUUCGAUACCACCUCUGAUGUCGGUACCAGAACCGAGUAGCUCCCCCAAACUACUGAUGAUAUCCUCGGCAAGCAAAACGGGAGUAAAAGACGUGGCCCUCGCCUACAAGUCAUAUUUUGAACAGCUCAUCACUCCAAAAGAAAAAUUUACAGAAUACAUGGCAGACCUUGCGCAUACUUUGAACACCCGCCGAAGUGCACUCAGCAACAAGAGCUUCAUUGUUGCGUCCAGCCUUUCAGACUUGCGCAACAUUGACAACAUGACCUCGCCAGUAUACCAGGCUCACGAGAAACCUGCCUUGGGCUUUGUAUUUACAGGCCAGGGAUCUCAGUGGGCAGGCAUGGGACGGGAGCUGUUUCAGUAUCCGGUUUUUCGCAAUACCAUCGAACAGUGCGAGUCUGCUCUGCGCUAUUUCGGGUGCCUAUGGUCGCUUCGAGGAGAGAUGCUAAACGACGGUAAAGAGAGCCGAAUUAACAACCCUGAGAUCGCACAACCGGCAAACACAGCACUGCAAAUUGCACUCGUUGACCUUCUCCAUUCAAUCGGUCUCCAGCCCGCCGCUGUGAUUGGGCAUUCAUCAGGAGAGAUCGGCGCUGCGUACGCGCUGGGUGCGCUGUCCAUCAAGGAGGCAAUGCAGAUUGCUUACUUCCGCGGCGUGUGUGCAGGGGAGCUUGCGAGAAUAGGUGAACAGCAUGGUGCAAUGGUUGCCGUGGGAUUGUCUGAAGAGCAGACUCAGGUAUACAUUGAUCAGAUUGCUGAUGCGUGCAAUCAUCGGGGGACUGCGGUUGCAUGCAUCAACAGCCAGAAGAGCGUUACUGUCUCUGGUGAUGCAGACCAGGUGGAAAUGCUCCGUGCCCUUCUUGAAGCAGACAAUAUCUUUGCGCGGAAGCUGAAGAUUCCUGUCGCCUACCAUUCCUCGCACAUGAAUCAGGUGGCAUCGUCUUACCAGAAAUCCAUGGCUGGAGUCGGCAGUCGAUCGACAAACAAAUGUACAACUGCGAUUAUUUCAUCAGUGACGGGCCAGAAAGUGUCAGCAGCAGAACUGCAAUCCCCCGAAUACUGGGUGGCCAAUCUUGUUUCACCCGUCCAGUUCACCAAAGCAUUCUUGCAUAUCUGCACCGAGUCUGGGCGCAAGAUCCGAAAGAAGCUCGAUGGCAGUCAUCGCCACCAACUGGGCGUGAAUAUCCUACUUGAGAUAGGUCCUCAUUCGACUCUUCAAGGGCCAAUUCGCGAUAUGCUCAGCACUCUGCCCUGGGGCGCCGAUGUCAGCUACUUCCCAACAAUCCGACGGAAGGAGAACGCAAUUCAUGAAUUCCUCAACGCCAUUGGCAGCAUCCACUGCUUGGGGAUCUCAGUCGACAUGAACCGAGUAAAUAGACUCGCCGACCCAGCCGCAAAGCAUCGCCGCGUUCUCGUCGAUCUCCCGGAAUACCCCUUCAAUCACUCCACCUCCUACUGGCGCGAAAGCCGACUCAGCAAACGCAGCCGUUUCGCUGGCCAAGGUCGUAUAGAUCUACUCGGGAAGCCAGUGGCGGACUGGAACUCUCUCGAACCUAUCUGGCGCCACAACAUUCGACUGUCGGAGAUGCCGUGGGUGGAAGAUCACAUCAUCAACGGCGCUUUGAUCUAUCCCGGUGCAGGUAUGCUGGUUAUGGCGAUAGAGGCAGCGAAUCAAACAGUUGAUCCCAAUGAGAAUGUUGCUGGAUUUCAGCUCAAGGACGUUAAGUUCCAGCGUGCCUUGACUAUCCCACGAACAGCAGAAGGAAUCGAGACGAACUUGCUGCUUCGUCGGAACAAUCUGCCGUGGAUGGAAUUCAGACUGUUCUCGUUUGAGGAUGAUGACUGGCACGAGAACUGUCACGGAUACAUCAAGGUCGACUACGAGUCUGUCAAUGAGGUCGCAGACCAAGAGCAGGACCUCAACAUUUGGUUGCAACAGGAUAGCAAAAUCGUUCUAUCUUGUACGACUCAGCUCGAUCAUGAGCGCGUAUACAGCCGACUCCAUAGCUCUGGCUUUGAAUUUGGGCCUGCAUUCCAGACGGUGCUUGGAGGAAGAUGCAACAAGACCGAAGCAACGGCCUCUAUCAAAGUGUUCCAGUGGGAUAGCAGCCAGUACCCUCAACCUCAUGUCAUUCACCCUGCAACCCUAGACGGUAUACUCCAUCUGAGCUCUGCUGCACUGGCUGGAGGUGAUUCAGCUGUUCCAACAGCAAUUCCAACGGGCAUAAAAUCUCUCUGGGUCGCCAAAGAGGGUGCAAGUGGUGAAUCCGUGAAAGCAAUUCGAGCAUCAACAAGUAUGAAGACGAUGCACAAACGCGGCCAUGAAUUUGACAUGGGUGCAACGGAUGAGGGGCAAACUAGCCUGCUUGUGACAGUCCAAGGACUGCAGUCUACCAUCGUGGCUAACAGCAGGAGUGAUAGUCGGGAUGAAGAGUCUCAAUUGACGGUGUACCAUAUGAACCGUGUACCGGAAUUGGAUCUCCUGAGCAGUGAGCAGGUGGCUAAAUAUUGUUCGCAAGCAUUACCUACAGACUCAGAGGCUGUUGCCUUCUUCAGAGACUUGAAUUUUGUACUGUACAAGUUCCUUGAUGAUGCUGUCAAAGCUCUUCGUGAAGACACAUCUGACUACAGUCAUGUACUCCCACAUAUCCGACGAUAUACAGAGUGGGCCAGACUGCAACGGACGAAAUAUCACUCUGGCGAGCUUGAACUUAGUCGACCUGAAUGGCGAACUCAGUUACAAGAUGAAGCCUACUUCGAAGCGGCUUGUCACAGAAUCAGCGCAAAUGAAGCGGGAGCUGCCUAUGUUCACACUGGACGCAACCUGGUGAGCAUCCUUCGCGGAGAGCAGGAGCCAUUGAAGUUCCUCUUUACCGGAGACAUGAUGGCAAAGUGGUAUGCGGAAGUGAACAACCGGCCAGUCUGCUUCGACACAUGGGGUCUAUAUCUGCGGACGAUGGCCAGGAAGAACCCAACGAUGCGGAUUCUCGAGAUCGGGGCAGGAACUGGAGGAUCGACGGGACACAUAUUGAGAGCGCUAUCUACUGACAGUGGACUUGAUGAGAGCAAUCCGCUGUACAUGAGCUAUGACUACACGGAUAUCUCGCCGGCCUUUUUUGAAAAAGCAGCAGAACGCUAUGCCGCCUUCCCUCGAAUCCGAUUCCAGACGCUCGAUAUCAAAGAUAAUCCUUCCAUCCAGGGAUUCGACCUUGAAUCAUACGAUCUAAUUGUAGCAGCCAAUGUGCUCCACGCAACACCGAAUAUCCACAAGACGAUGAUGAAUGUGCGCAAACUUCUGAAACCCCGUGGCAAAUUGAUGCUGUACGAAGUCACCCGUCCAGAUAUUAUUAGAGCUGGGUUUAUUGCCGGUUUGAUGGAAGGCUGGUGGGCUGGUAUCGAUGAUGGCCGACCAUGGAGUCCAGCACUCACUACGACCCAGUGGGAUGGGGUGCUCAAGACAGCUGGUUUUACUGCCGUUGAUGUUGCGUUUCCCGAGUUCCUGCACUCCGAAUGCCAGGAAAUGAACAUUCUGGUGGCGAGCGCUUUGGGAGCGAAUGAUGCAGUCAAACCAGCUCCAUCAUUCUACUUUGUCAUCGAUCCCACGUCUGCUUUACAAAUAUCGGCUGUCGAGAAACUGCAGAAUCGCUAUUCGGGGACAGUCCAGAGUGGCAGCCUGGAAGAAUGUGCAUCUCUACCAGAGCUUUCGCAAACAACGCUGGUAUUCCUCGUCGAGACUGAGAAACCACUGUUGAGUGACAUGAGCAGCGAGACAUUCAACUCCCUACAAAAAGUGAUCAACAACACCAACUCCAUUCUCUGGGUCACUGCCGGCGGUGGCCAUGUCUCCAAGAAACCCGAAUACGGCAUUGUGGAUGGCUUGACUCGCACACUGCGGAAUGAAAAGGCCAACCGUCGAAUCUGCACAUUAGCCCUCGACAUGGACGAUGAAAUGGAAGAUCGCCAGCUGGAUCAUAUUGUGAAUGUGAUCAACAAUGUUCUUCUCCAUCAAGCCGAGCCGUAUGAGCCCGAGUUUGUGGAGAUUGACGGAAUGCUGCACGUUCUCCGUGUAGAGCCACAGCAACAGUUGUCAAGUGAAGUCCAUAAUGCCUCACUGCCUCAGCAAUCGGCUAUACGGCCAUUGAGUGAGGUAGGAGCCGUACAGCUAUCGUUCAGCACGUCAGGGUUACUUUCUUCCCUGCAUUGGACCGACGAUAUCCCUCAACCACUGAGCGAUGAUGAAGCUGAAAUCGAAACCAAAGCAAUUGCUGUAAGCUUCAAAGAUGUCCUCACUGUCUUAGGAAAGUCUCCGGAAAGACCAUUGGGUCAAGCAAGUGCUGGAAUAGUGAUCAAGGCUGGCAGGAAAUCAGAAUUCCACCCCCGCGAUCGGGUAGUCUCCUUUGGUCCAGGUCAAUUCAAAACGAGAGGAAGGUCAAGACAAGAUUUCAUGCUCCGGCUUCCUGAUGAAGUUUCCUUUCUCGACGCAGCAUGCAUCCCUGUCUUUGGCACCGCGUGGCACAUCCUUGUCGAGAUAGGCCGUCUGCGAGCUGGGAAAAGUGUUCUUAUACACAGUGGUGCAGGGAGUACAGGGCAAGCAGCAAUUCAGAUAGCGCAGCACCUUGGAGCUGAGAUACACACCACGGUGAGCUCACAACAGAAGAAGCGGUUUCUGAUAGACACAUACGGGAUUCCUAGCGACCGUAUCUUCUACAGUCGCGAUACUAGCUUUGCGGGUGGUGUUAUGAGAGCCACAAAGGGACGUGGAGUUGAUGUGGUAGUGAAUACCCUGGGAGGAGAGGUCCAACAAGCAUCGUGGGAAUGCGUGGCAUCAUAUGGUCAAUUGAUUCAUUUCGGUCAUCAGGAAUCCAAGAACAUAGCACACUCGAAUCGACAGGCUUCUUUCACCUACUUUGACAGCGUCGUCUGGAUGCAGGAUAGACCGGACAUGGCACUGGAAGCCAUACAGACUGUCCUUCGUCUUGUUGCAGAUGGCCAUCUGGAUAUCCGAAAAGUGCGCAAUGUUAGGAAUGCCAGCUCGAUUGAAGAUGUUUUCCGCUCUAUGCAAGACGGAACCACCACCGGCACAACAGUGAUUGAUAUGACGGCAGAAGCAUCGGUGCCUACCUUAUUGACGACCAAAAUCUCUCCUCUGGACUCCGAUGCGACAUAUGUGAUUGCUGGCGGACUGGGAGGAUUGGGCAGAGCUACAGCCCGGUGGAUGGCUGCUCGGGGCGCUCGCAAUCUGGCACUACUUGGACGAGCAGGAGCUAAGAGUGCUGCUCCGCGUACUCUCAUCGAGGAAUUGUCCAACCAGGGAGUUCGUGUCCUUGCCCCUCCGUGCGAUGUUAUAGAUGGAUUGUCUGUAAAGAAGGCAAUGCAAGAGAUAUCACAGACAAUGCCUCCCAUCAAAGGUUGCGUUCAAGGCUCCAUGGUGCUACGGGAUAGCCUAUUCAGUAAGAUGAGCUAUGAGGACUGGCGUACGGCCGUGGAAUGCAAAGCCCUGGGAACAAGGAAUCUGGCAGUCAACCUUCCGCAAAAUCUCGACUUCUUCAUCAUGUUGUCGUCUGCUAGUAAUGUCAUUGGUUUGACUGGUCAGUCUAACUAUGCUGCAGGUAAUUCCUACAUGGAUAGCUUCGCACGGCAUCAAGUCAUGCACGGCCGAAAAGCAAUCUCUCUGGACCUUGGCCCCAUGGUGGACGACGGUAUUCUCGCUGAAACGUCUGGCUUUCUUGACAAAGUACUAUCGUACAGCUCCAUGGCCCCAGUCACUCGAGACAAGUUCUUUGGUCUUCUCGCCCACUGCAUCAACGCCGAUAAACCGCGAAAUCCCGACAGUGCGCAAAUUGUGUUUGGCAUUUCCAGCGCUGGCGGACGACAUAUGGAAAACACACUCGUUGAGAAGCAGGUCUUCAGUCGACUCAAGCUGGAAACGAUAUCUAGUGAUUCUGAAUCAAAAGGGGCCGGUCAAGUCGAUUUCAAGAAAUUAUUCCUCCAAUCUACAUCGCUACAGGAGGGAAGAGAUAUUGUCACGCAGGCGUUGAUCGACAAGAUGGUUCACUCGUAUCGGUUGAUUCCCAAGGAUGCAGAAGUGGAUGUUCAUGCGCCGCUGCAUACAUAUCGUGUUGAUUCACUUCUCGCUGUUGAACUGUGCAAUUGGAUUGGAAAGGAAUUUGCAGCGGAUCUGGCGGUGCUGGAGGUUAUGGGAGGUGCAACUUUGGCCAUGGUGGUUAACAUGGUGGCGGCGAGGAGUCAGCUGAAGCAUACCGAGUGGAAUUGA